UCGUGAAAAAGAGUCUGUCAGUGCUGGACGGAGUUGAAAAUUUCUACCUUCAACUUAAAAAAUAAUUUGAAAAAUGAAAGCCGCCAUUUUGCUGUUUUCUUUAAGCUACAUAGGGAUACUUCAAAUCCAAGCUGACGCACAAGAAAACGAUUACGCCGAGCUCUGCGCACAAUGCAAUGGAUCCACUCUACCAAAGUGUGAGAGCACUGACAAUGCGAGGCUGGUCAAGCAAAUCGAUUGCAACCAAACAGGAUGUAUUAUAGCGAUGACCACCAACCCCGAAACCGAGUACGUAUGUUUGAUGGAUGUCAAAAGCCAAGAGGCUGUAAUAUCGGAACCAAAAGGCGAAAGGGCACAAUUUACCACCCUACCAGUGCCAUUAGCGCUACAAAUGGUUACCACUACCGCAAACGCUGAUCCUCAAAUGAUUCCUGAUGCAGCAGAAGAUAUUGAAAUGGAAGCAAAAGUGGUGGAUGGUGCAGGACAGCACACGGAGGAGAAGGAAUCUGUAAAAGUAGCGAGUGAAGAAGAUGGAAAUAAGCAGGAACAAAAACAGGAACAGGAACAAAAUGUCGACAAGCCAGAAAAUUCUGCAGAAAAAGUGGCUGAAUCGAAGCCGAUUGAAAAAGAGGUGGAAGAAAAACCAGCUGUUGGUGCAGACAAUGCGCCGCAGCCUGUGGCCUCCAGUGCGGAAAUGGGGGCUGAAUCAGAGUUAGCAGCGGCCGAACAGGUACCUGCAAGUACACCGAGUUCUCCAGAUUAUCCUGCUGAUGCACCAGCCAUGAAUUCGGAUAACACAAAUGAAGAGCAAGAGAUAAAUGAGCCAGCAAAAGGUGGCAAUAAUGUCACGCCAACUGUGGUGCAGAAUGUAAGCGAAAAUGGCGAUGAUAGCCAGGAAACACUGACGUCGAAUAAAGAUAAAGAAGUGGUAAAUCAUGCAGACCAAGCUGCUCCGUCUGGGGCGGAGCACAGUGAGACCACCACGAAAGCGAAUGAGAUUGAGGCGGCAGUGCAUGUCGCUGAUGCUGGACUGCAGGGCGCUGCCAGUGCAGGUACCAAUGAGGCUGGAAACGUCGUUGAGCCAGUUGUUAUUGCAAUGACUGUGGCACCUGCUGCGGCGGCUGCCAACCAAUUCUUGACCUGCUACUCGUGUACCAGCACCACUGAUAGACUCUGCGUAGCGGGGCCGGUUACGGCGAUUAAUUGCCAAGCAAUGGAGAAUAAGAUAAACGGUUGCUACACCCUUUACAAAGCCGAUACAAAUAUUACCACACGCGGCUGUAUCUCCGAACUUACCGAUGAAGGCCUCAAAUACUGCGAGUUGAAUCCGAAACAAUGUAUCCUGUGCUAUGAGAAGGGUUGCAACAAUCUCUUAGCGCCAUCGGAUGCUGCCCGUAGUAAUUCACAGCUGAGCUUCUGGGUGGGCGUUGGUGGAUUUAUGUGUUUCACAUUUCUACUCUAAAAUCGCAAAUUUGCGUGCGUGGUACACUUUAGGAAACAUGAAAUAUAUAUUGUCCUAUAAAUAUGUAUACCCACAUGACAUAUACAGUUAUUAAGAAGAAUGUCGUCUAUCACUUUUUAGAUGCUAGAAUUUCCAAUAUAGACAAAAAUAAUA